AUGACGCGUAGGAUUUUGUUACCCAUCGAUUCAACCGGCGAGGACGUCGAGGUUAUCAAGUGGGUACUUGAUAACGUCCAUAGAGCUGGUGAUCAGCUCGUCCUUUUACACGUGAUUCCCGCGCGCUUCCCGCAGUACGCCUGGGGGAUGUACGACGAUUCGUUCGUGGAAGUUCCCGAUCCUGAAGAAGAAAAGAAGUGGCGCGAGGAUUGCGCAAAGUACGUCGCGGAGACGCUUUUACCAAUCCUGGAUCAACGUGGUAACGUGACGUAUAAGCUCGAUAUCAUCGCGUACGAAAUGAACAACACGUCCAUCGGAGAAGUCGUGUGCGAAAAAGCGAAGAUCAUCGACGCAGAUCUUGUCGUCAUGGCGAGUCAUCGCAAGGGACGACUUCAAGAGUUUUUUGUCGGCUCAGUGACAAACUAUUGCCUUCAUCACUCGAAAGUUCCUCUUCUUGUGUAUAAAGGGCCGAAAGAGACCGAUAUAAAUACAAAGUAUUACACGGGCGAUAUCUCGAAGAAGGAGAAAGAAGCGUCGCCGUCGAGAAAAGAAACUAAGGAAGGCAAAACGACGUCUAUUGAUUUUGAAAAGGCGACUCUCCAAGAGGGUUAG